AACCAUUACAAUGAAAUAGAGACGUUCCUGGCCUUACCACGUGUCUAUUUGUAAGUCACUCCUGUGCGAAUCAUUUGCCCUUCCUCGGAGGAGUGGGUUUAUUCUUCCGUGAAAAUACAAGACGAGCAAGUUUUUCACACUUGCACUUCAUGAAACUAUUGGCUUGCGACUGAAAUCCUCAAGUGAAAGCAAUUCAUGUUGGCCAUGGCACCGGAACAGCGGAUGAAGAGCGCCAAGCCGCAUUCCUGUGUGGGACGGAGCCUGAAAAGCUGGAAUAUCGGGGUAUUACCUGCAAGAUCAACUCUCCACAUGCAAGUUUACGCCUUAUUCUGCUGCGGCCGCUAGUUUGCGGUUUGAAAUGUGGACCGGACGACCGAUGCCGAUGGUAUGGAUUCGCAGCCAUGCGCCCAAGGUACAUACUCGUCGACCUCGCGGCGUACGUGAUAAUCGACCUCGCGGCGUACGUGAUCACCUUUUCCGGCGGUACAUGCCGACACCGCGCGAUAGCCGCUGAACGUGACCGACGUCGGGUUAGCGCAUAGAGGCCUGUAAAACGUCGCCGACGACAACCAGCACCAUAAACAUGCUGACGGCUUGCCUACGUCCAACAUAGCAGCGACGAAACGGCUUGCUGCGCGAAAGUUACGUAACGACGUAAUCAUUUUCGUAACUGACCGGUGCGUUCUUUAUCCACUGCGAAAAACGAUUAAUUAAAAGGUGAAAAACCUAUGCAAUCCCUGUUAUAAGUCAUAAUGCACAUAUGGAGAUGAUAAAAUGAAGUUUAUUGCACGUUGCUCUCGAGAAACCUGCGGUUGUUCUUGUUUGUAAAAAGAGUUCAUUCAAUAUAAAUAUGUUCUCAAUGUACUUGCAUUGCCUUUCAUUGAUACAGUGCAACAUAGAUUUCACAUUUACACUUGACAUCCAAAUUAGGCUCUAUGAUGCCCCUGAACUAUUCAGAAUUUUGACACCCAUGCUCUAAAUUGACCAUACUGUGGGUGUGAAUAAGUGUGAAUGGUCAGGCGGCAUCGGCGCCAGCUCACCAGCAACCUCUGUGAAGACGAGCUAUGCAGAAAAUUGUGGAUGGGUAAUAAAUGGGUUUUGCAUGACAAAAUGGGGCGAGUGAUCAGGUUUGAAGAGGUGAGUCUUUGGAUUGAAAUGUGUAAGUAGUGGCUUUCUGAUGUCCUCCGGGAGGGGGUUUCAGUGGGUUUUGAGGAGGGAUGGCGGAGCAGGUGAGGUUAUCGUACUGCUUUUUAGGUGAUGAGCAGGAAUUGAUAACGCUGUGUAUGUUUGAUAUUUUGGUCAAAGAUUCGAGGGAGAUGGGGGGGGGGGGGGGUCGGCAGCACUUAGGUGGUGAGGGUGAUGUCCCGGGUCCAGGAGAGGACUUUGGAUUUAUUGCAGUUUGGUUUGUGGAAGUGUGUGAUCAUUCAGGUUUUAACGUGGAAAGGCAAUUUUAGUUGAUAAUUUGGAGUAGUGCCGAGUGAGAUGCCUGGUUUGGUGGGGAUGGAAUAUUGAGGAGGCACGGUGGUAGAAGAAUGUCCAAGAGGCAAGGUGUACAGAAUGAACAGGUUAGCGGUUCAGCGCGGGUUGAAAAAAUUAUUGAUCUGAACGAUUGUGGCGUCCUGUGGGUAAAAGUUCAAUGGCACGGCAAUUGGAACAGUCUUUGGAGGCUUUGACAGAUGUAAUUGCUCUAAGUUGUUUGCGUUGUCCUUGAAAUGUCACUACUACAUCAUGCUGACAAGGAUUCAUCACCGCUGUCGGACAUGAUGUUAUGUAAUCCAUAUCCAUCCAUCUUCGAUAUAAACUGUGGCGUCGAAUGGCUAACGGCUCCAUAAAAUGAUUCAAAAUACAGAAAAACAAAAAUGAUACUUUUUUGCAGAAUUAACUCUUGCGUGACCGCCACAGUCUUUUUUCUAAUUGAUAAAUGACAAGCGCUUGGGAUCAAGAUCUGUAUUUCUCACCGAAACUGGAUCAAAAUGCACCCGAUCAGGCCAGAAUGCCACCCGAGGCUGAUGCUGCCCACUUUCCCCGUGGGGCCUCGUUUUUCCCAGCCAGCCACAAUGAUGACGGGCCCGAACAUGUACAAUGUACCGCAGCAGAUCAGACCGCCGGUGCACCUUAAUAGUCAUGCCGGUUUCCAUAAUCACAGUCAGCAGCAACUGCCGCAUCAAUGGCCUGUUCAAAACGUCCUCGGUCCCCAUCCUCAACAAAUGAUAAGGGCGCCAUCAGGCAUGAUGAUGACGCCCGGGGCCCCGCAGAUGGUACCUGUUGGUUUUAUGAAUGGAGAAAUUUUGUUUGAGCAGGUGCAUCCUUUAAUGUCUGCAGCUCCUCCGCAAAACCUCUUCACAACUAUUAACACGAGGAAGACUGAGCAUGUGCGGGAGCGACCCUACAUCAAGAAACCGCCGAAUGCCUUUAUGUUGUUUGCAAACAAGUACAGAGAAGUAGUCACCAUGCAACUGGAAAAGAGAGACAGUGCAUCUGUUCAUGUGGCCCUCGGAAAAAUGUGGAAGUUGCUCCCACAGGCGGACAGGGACAAAUACUAUGAAGAAGCGGAUGCGCAGAAACGGCGGCACGCUCAGCUUUAUCCUCGUUGGUCCACCUGUGAAAACUAUGGGAAACGCAGGAAGCGGCGAAAGAGUAAAGUACACACUGGUGUUCCAAAGGACACACCAGAUCCCGAAGGUGCACAUACCAAUAGCAUGUGCCUUUCGACAGUUCAAAAGGACAUCAUGGCAUGUGAUGAAUUGGACUCCUCUUCCGAAACAAUGCAUUACAACUCGCAGCCUCCUUCCGCCCUCAAUUCAGAAGAGUCCGUGGAAGCACUGAUUGAAGAAAAGAAAUUCAUGCAGAUGCCGUGCGGCAAAAAUGAACUUUCAAUUGCUCCCGAGGGGCAGCCUCAGGGAGAAACUCUUGAGAACGACCACGCACUGAAUCUCCUGGAUUGUAUGCUUCUUUCCCCCGCUUCUCAGAUUGAGCUUCAGAGUGUCGAAGAUGGCUUCCAGUUGUUACUGGAGCAUUUUGAGCCUCAGGGCCUGCCGUUGCUUACCGAAGCUGAGGAGUAUACCAAGCCCCUGGGCAUAGGGGAAUCGCAGCAGCUCAUCAUCAAGGUGUUCGAAGGUCCUACGCUGACGGGAAACAUAAAGGUAGAGACCCAGGUGGACCUGGCUGUGCAGGGUCACACAGUAACAGCCGGCCCCUCGAAGCCUCUCAACAAACCCAUCCAAUUAGCACUGGAGCAUCUUGACGCAAAGGAAGAGAUGCAACCACGCCUCAUCGCGCACUGUCAGACGCUGGUGGCAGAGACCAUAAAACAGGAGGUGCUCAAUCAGGUACCUCUGCGACUUCUUGAGGCACCUUCCCCCGCCGCACUCGGCGUUAAGGAAAAGACCCAAACGACGACGUCCGUGCAGAGUCAGAAAACAAAACAAGUAUUCAAUCCCCUCACUGUUCAUCAUCACAAAGCAGAGUCCUCCAGACUACUGAGUCAAGACACGGAGAUCCAAGCGCCAUCGGUGGACUUUGAGACUUCCGUUAGGAGUCAGAGUCAGAAAUUAGGGUCCAUCCAGUCGCUGAGUAAGGAAAAGCUCUCUGCACCAAUGCCGCAUGUUGAGACCCUGUCCGCUACAUCACAUUCAAGAGGUGGUGACCUCCUCCAGUGUCUCAGUUUUGGUGAUGAGCUACAAUUCUAGUUUAGUGGUGUCCUCCAGAUGAUGAAUCCUGAACAUCUGUCCUGUUUUCUCUUGUGAUGGGACAUCAAGGAACUCCUUUUUUUGAGGGGGGGAUCUUUUCUAGUUAAACCUCUCUUCCAAUAUCUGUAUCAACACAAUCCACAGAUUAAGCACACGCAGGUCGGCAUACCGCUAUUCCUUUUAAAAUUACAUUUUAGAAUUUUUUUUCCUUGGACACCAGCCGAGGCAGUGUGUUGGUUGUGCCAAAGUGAGAUGUACUUAACAGCUAAAGAAUCAUUGGCUCGGGGGUGAAAAUAAAUAUCAGUUUUCUGACGUAUUAUGGAUACUGUAUAGUAUACAAUAUGCCAGUAUCAAUUCUAUCGUGAUACUGUCACCUUCCGAUAUGAAGCCAUUUUUAAUACGUGAGAUGACACAUGAAUGUCUAAUCGACACAAUUUGCUACUUGGAAUUUGCCAUAUUUUGAGCGCAAAGCUACUUUUUUGAAUAAAGCAAGUUAAAAUACAUUGGGAUAAGUAACGUCAUGUAUUGCGCGACGAAAAGGACGGUUUUUGCUGAGAUUGAUUUUCAUGUCAAAAUCGAGCAUCUAACUCUGGAUUAGUUUGAUUUCUAUGUAAAUUGCUUCAUGUUCCUCAUGUAUGCUUCUUGGAAAUCAUAUAACCGUUUUAAAGCUUCUUGGAAUUCAUGUAACCGUUUUAAAGCAUAUACAUAUGGUGAUACAUUAUUACGGUAAUAUAAUGACAAAUAUGUAUUUUUGUAUCAAAUUAUCUAAUGUGUGCUUUUUUUGUGCAAACUGAUGGGACAAAAUGUCCACCCCAGGGAUGGCUCCAGGAUUCAUUUUUCCCCCCUUGGGAUUGAAACACGGCUGGGAAAAUAAUUUAGAAAUAUAUUUUAGAAUAUCAAAUACAGUGCUGGUGGGUCUGAACUGGGCUAAACAGUAUUCUACAUAGCCUCGGGUCCGGUAUCGUGCCACCCCUGAUCCAUCAGGGUCAACAAACACCUUAACCGCAAAACAGUUUCUUCCCUUCUAAUGGACUUCUAUAUAUUUGUCCUGCUGUAAUGUAACAAUGAAAAUGGAUUUACUGGUAGAAUCAACUUGUGUGUUUUGCUAUUUUUGAGUUUAUUUGACCAGUUUUCUGUAAAUUGUCUUGGUAUACUAUGUAUAUACUGUACACUCAUUUAUGUAACUCUGAAGAUGAAUGAACACGUGGAAUCAACCCUGCUGAAAUAAAAGUAAUUAUGAGAUGAGCCCACUCCAUGCUCCUUUUGUGUGACUAAAGUGACAAAUACUUCAGGCCCUUGUUUCCAUGAUGCUAUUAUUUUGUUAAUUUCCUAAAUCUCAUAAAUCGGGGGUUUGUGAGUCCUUUAUGAAAAAUGCCUAAUCAAUGAAAUUACCUAAUUCUCCUUUCUACUUACUGACAUCAGUGUUGGCAAAUUAAAACACGCACGGACUUUAUAUUAGCUCCUGAACGCACCACAAAGAGUCGGUGCGCUCCCGAAAUGCAACCGAUAUGAAACCUGCCACAAAUUUUUCCCGUUAUUUUUUUUUCUCUUCAUGAUGAAUAUUUUGUACAUGUAAGUUUUUGUGGCACUGCAAAACUAAACUUCAAUUAAGAGUACAGCAAUCAAUACGACAUAAUUUUACUCGUUUUAAUGAGCUGAUAAAACGUCCACAGUAACUGGUGACGGUGCUGCCCUCUGGUUGCUCUCUGGGCGCGUCAGAUACAGCCCACACACGUUCUAUUUCUCGUUCGUAUUACCAACGGUAACAGACAAGGAUAUUUCCGGAACGAUCACACAAGUAAUUUUAAAUAAUGGGGGCUUGACAGCUGUAGCGAGACAUGGCCACACCCACUCAGCCGUCGUCGACUAGUUGAAGCAUGAUUUUAAGCUGACAUGCGUUUAUAUUGAGGGUUUGGUGCGUGCGUAUCAGCAGUGUCUGCCCCAAUUGAAGCUUUGGUGGCCCAACCAACUUCUCCCCAAUUAUCAACCAUGUCGCCCAUUUUGCCAGACAAGUUCUUUACCAGAAUAAAGCUGCACAAUACUUUGUGCUGCUCAUCAUCACGGACGGCGUGAUAACAGACAUGGAUUUGACGCGCACGGCAAUCGUCGAAGCUUCUCGCCUGCCCAUGUCCAUCAUCAUAGUGGGUGUCGGAGGCGCAGACUUCCGCGAAAUGGAGUUCCUUGACAGCGAUGACAAACCGCUGCUUUCGCUCAGUGGCGAAGCCGCUGCACGGGACAUAGUCCAGUUUGUGCCUUUCAGAAAUUUCUGCGGAAACAGUGUGGCACUUACACACAGUGUCCUAGCGGAAUUGCCUGAACAAGUGUCGUCCUUCUUCAAUUCUUUCAAGUUGAAACCUCCGAACAUAAACAGUGAAUAAAAGUGAUCUGAGAUGCAGUAUGUUGCUUAAAAUGAA